AUGAAGCCCCACAUCCUGUCGCCCUGGAUCCAUUUGUUGCUACUGCUAUCGGUCGUGCUCCAAAAAGUGGAUAAUGCACUUCCGACGCAGUGGGCGCGAGGUCCCCGCGCAGCCCCAGAGCUGCAUCUGACGCUACGUGUGGCUCUCAAUCCUCAUAAGAAUGAUGGUCAAUUGGGAGAUCUUGUUGCAGCGGUGACAGACCCCGCGUCGCCUCUCUAUGGACAGCACUUGACGAGCUCCGAGCAGCUCCAACAGCACUUUAAACCGUCGGAAGCCGCUCUCAAGAGCUUCGUACAGGUGUUCCAAGACGCCCCAACGGUUCAAGCUGAGCCUAUCGACACUAUCCAGGAUUUCUGGCACGUCAAGCUCUCUGCAGCCACGGCCGAGCAGCUUUUCAGCACCAAAAUGUUCCACUACACACACCGCCAACACUCCGAGCUGUCGGUGGUGCGUCCUGAAGAGAGCUACAGUAUCCCGCAAGAGCUAGAGGGCGUUGUGGCCUAUAUCGACGGACUGGAGAGUUUCCCCACUGAGAUGCAGGCCAUGUUCAUGCACGGAGGAGUCACCGACGACAAGGACCCGUUUGCAGCCAAGCAGCAGCCGUUCACAGACAAUUUCCGCGUCAACUCGAGAGGGGCGACGCCCGCAGUGAUCCGAGAGCAGUACGACAUCCCAGAGAAGAUCGAAGCUAACGAUUCCAGUGGCGUAGCUGAAGAAAGCUCGCGAGCCGAUCGAGUCGACCGCAAGAAGCUCGUGGUGGGCACAUUCCUCCAUGAAUUCUACAGUGAAGAGGAUCUGCGCCAGUUCCUGCACACAAUUGACGGGCAACAGCAUGCGAUCAAGUUGCCAAAAUUUAGUGGACAAUGCGUCUCCUCGUACGGCCCGACGGGCGAAGCGUCUCUAGACGUCCAAGUGACUGCGUCUCUGACCGGCCAUGGGACUGGAGACGCCUCGAAUAUCGAGAUGAUGUGCUACACUCAACUCCGAGACGCGACCCGCGACUACGCGGCUGACAACCAGGAGCCUUUUCUUACGUUUUUACAGGACGUGAACGCCAUGCAGCCUCCCCCUGCCGUCGUGUCCAUCAGCUACACAGACGACGAGUGUAGCGUGCCGGUAGCGUACGCAGAAGCUGUCAACCGGGAGCUCAUGAAGGCUGCUCUUCGUGGCAUCUCCAUCCUGGUUUCCGCUGGCGACGCUGGUGUACGAGGCAGCCAUCUCGCAGAAGGUUUCUGCCGUGUACCAGCUUGUUCCAAGUUCAUGUCCAUGUUCCCGGCCUCGUCUCCUUACGUCACAGCCGUCGGAGCUACAACCAUCGCCACCGGGUCUGCUAGAGACGAGAACGGCAAGUGGAAAGAGGCGGUGACGUCCACAGCUGAAGCGCGUGCACUCAUCACGUCGGGCGGCGGCUUCAGCGAUCUCUACGAUAUGCCAGAGUACCAACGCAAAGCUGUGUCGCCCUAUUUGACCUUCGCUAGCUCUUCAGGCCUCUCUCCGUUCUUUCGAACUACUGGAAGGGCGUUGCCUGAUGUGGCAGCUGUGGGUCACGCCUUCCCUGUCGUCGUCAACGGCGAAGUAGGCGCGACGGACGGCACUUCCGUGUCUGCGCCCGUACUGGCGUCUAUGGUAACGCUACUUAACCGCGCCCUCCCCGAACUACCGCCUCUUGGAUUCUUGAAUCCUCUACUCUACCGCUUGUACGACGUGUGUCCGCAAGUGUUCGCUGACAUCACACAAGGCGACAUCGCGUGUGGCGCCAAAGGGAUGAAAUGCUGCAAGAAAGGCCACGUGGCUACCACUGGAUGGGACGCAGCUUCGGGUCUUGGGACGCUGCGCUUCGCCACGUUGUUGAGCGACCUCCCUGGGUGUUUGGCUCGCAUGAAUUCUUCAAACGACUUUGCGAUGACCGAGCUGCUUUCUGCCCUGAUGUUGAACGUCGAAGCACCCGAAGAAGACGCGGAGAUUCACGUGAAGAGCUGGACUCGUGGAGAGCAACGAGCCACUCAAUUGCUAGGUGCUGUCAGCUUAGUCGCUGCUGUCGGUCUCAUCUGCGUGCUAGUAGCUCUGCGUGAGCGAGUCUUUGAGGACUUGGGCGACCACAGAGCAGGCUCCAGGCGCUACGGAUCCUGCGCCGCGCACGACUCAGCCCGCGAGCUCUUGCUUUCCCACUAA